AUGCGCAACCCGCCCUCCCGAGCACUGAUGCGGCUGGGACCACAGCAGUCAUCGCAGGCGCGCCGAACUACGAUCCGGUCCGUGGUGAAGGCAAAGUUCGCCGCCGAUCCAGUAUGGCGGAAACCUUUGAGGCAUGGGGCGAGGCUCAGGGCUCGUCCGUAUCACCCUCGCGCCCUCCAAGCGUGCGCAAACGACAAACGCCAAGUUGACGAGCAGGUGGUACAAGAAGAAAUCGAAGCACGUGACCGCGAGAUUUACAAGAGGGACAUUGACAUUGCCCAACUCAAGGAUACACUCAAGCGACUACAGGAAGAGAUUGCACGUCUGAAAGAGCUCAACAAUUCACUGACAGAAGCCAAUCGCAAUCUUACCAACGAUGCCAACACGCGGUACGCCCAGCUUCAAGCAGAGAACCGCAGUCUCAUUGAAGAGGCCAAUGCACGAUACGCACAAAUUGAGGCCGAAAAGCAGGCCUUGAUCAACGAAGCUAAUGAAAAGUAUGGAAGCCUUCAAUCUGAAGGGCAGAUGGUUCAGGAGCAAUGGCAAACCUCGCAACGAGAAUUGGAACAGCUCCGCCAGCAGCAUACCAGAAUGCAGGAAGGGUUGGCGGAAGCAGUCCGCGACGAAAUUGGAGAGGCGCUUGACCAGCGCAAGGCUGAGAUUGAUCGCCUGACGGCAGAGCUUGAUGCCGCACGUGAGGAAAUCAAGACUCUGCAGAAGGAGAUUCUGGCUGCCAAGAAGCCCAGCGAAAGCUUCCUCAAUGUUCGCGAUGAGGAUUACUUCGACAGCGCAUGUCAGCAGCUGUGCCAGCAUGUGCAGCAGUGGGUGCUGCGAUUCUCCAAGUUCUCUGACACUCGCGCAUGUCGUCUAUCGUCGGAGAUCCAAGCCGAUACCAGGUUGGACCAGGCCACUCGUAAGAAGAUCGACACCCGUCUAGACAAUGCCAUCCUCGAUGGUUCGGAUGUCGACACACUGCUUUCGGAUCGUGUCAGGCGACGAGACGUCUUCAUGGCAGUUACAAUGACUAUGAUCUGGGAGUACGUGUUCACCAGGUACCUCUUCGGUAUGGACAGAGAACAGCGACAGAAGCUCAAGGGGUUGGAGAAGACGCUAUCAGAAGUCGGCCCACCACGUGCUGUAGCCCAAUGGCGAGCUAUCACACUUACCCUGCUCUCGAGGAGGGAGCCAUUUGUGAAGCAGCGUGCUCAAGACACGGAGGCUGUUGUACAUGAGAUUUACAGCACACUCACGACGCUUCUUCCACCACCGUCAAAUAUGCAAAAGCAGAUUCAAGAGUCUCUGCGCAACGUCAUGCGCUUAGCUGUUGACUUGUCGAUUGAGAUGCGCACCCAGCGCGCAGAGUACAUUAUGCUACCGCCACUGCAGCCAGAGUACGACACCAACGGUGACCUCGUUGCGAAGGUCACGUUCAACGCCUCGCUCAUGAACGAACGAUCAGGCGAGACGACAUCCAAUGACGAACUCCAAGCACGCGGUGCGAUUGUCAAGGUUGUACUGUUCCCUCUCGUCGUCAAGAAGGGCGAUGAUUUUGGCGAGGGCGACGACGAGGUUGUGGUAUGUCCUGCCCAAGUACUAGUACAAGGGUCGAGGACCAAGAAGAUGGCAAGGGUGGCGAGCGGUGCCAUGUCCAUUAAUCGUCCGGAUUCGAGGGGAAGUCGGAUCAGCCGCGUCACUAGUGUUGCUCCACCUGAGAGCACCAUCAUGGACUAUGAGAAGCCGGGAAGUAACAUGUUUUAA